AUGUUAGAUGUUAUUGCCAAAAAUCACUCUCAAUUUGGCAUUAGUAUUGAUCCUCAGCCUAUCAGGAGGAGGAGGGAGGAGACAUGUUCUUACAUCUAUGAGGGUAGUAUCAUUGGGAGAGAGGAUGACUUGGAGAAACUUGUAGGUCAUCUGUUGAAUUGUUCUACCGUUCAACAAGAUGUUUCUUUCCUCAGUGUAGUGGGUAUUGGAGGAUUAGGGAAAACUGCUCUUGCCCAACUGGUGUAUAAUGAUCCAAGGGUCACAAGUGCAUUCCCAUUGAGGUUGUGGACUUGUGUCUCUGAUCAUGAUCAGGAGCAGUUGGAUGUAGAAAGUAUACUUGGUAAGAUUUAUGCUUCAACUGGUGAAAAGCAUGAGGAAUCUACCAUAGAAAGUUUACAAAGCAAACUUCGAGAAAAAUUAACAAGCAGAAAAUACUUGCUCGUUUUAGAUGAUGUAUGGACUGAGAAUCGCAAUCACUGGCUUAAGCUUGAAGAGUUCUUAUUGGGAGGUCUGAGAGGAAGUUGGGUUGUGGUAACAACACGGUCGCACAAGACGGCCCAAAUUGUAGGAGGUGGUCGAACAUAUGAACUCCAAGGGUUGUUAAAGGAGAAUUCAUGGUCCUUGUUUAAGAAAUUAGCAUUUGGAUCAGAACAAUUAAGCCCCCACGACGAUUUGUUGAAGAUUGGCCGAGAGAUUGUUGAAGGAUGUGCCUGUGUCCCUCUUGCCAUAAGAGUGGCAGGUAGUCUUCUGUAUGGUCAAGACAAGAGUAGAUGGAUAUCAUUUCAGAAGAUUGGGUUAUUUAACUCUAGAGAAAGCCAAAAGGACAUCAUGCCUAUACUCAUGUUUAGUUAUCAUCAACUUGAAUUGCCCCUCAAAAGUUGUUUCACAUAUUGUACAUUGUUCCCAAAAGACGCUGUCAUACAGAAGGAGAUUUUGAUAAAUCUUUGGUUGGCACAGGGCUAUGUUGUUCCAUUAGAUGAUGGUCAAAGUUUGGAAGACGCUGUUGAGGAAUAUUUUGCUAUUCUGAUGCGGAGAUGCUUUUUCAAGAUGUAA